UUCUUCCACACCACAACUUCUUUGGCACAAUGGACAACUCUGGGCCGCUCGAGAGGGGAUCGCUCCCCUCGAACAUGUUCGAGAUGGACGUCGUCAAGGAUGCGCUGCAGCGCCGGAUCGAUGCUGGCGACAUUACGCGCGAGGACAUCGAGACGCUGCGCAAGAGCUACACUUGGGUGUCGGCGUGCACUGCGAUCGGCAUGCUCUCCGGCCUGCCGAUGUACAUUGCGAUGGGGCGGCGUGUGCCGCGCCUCUCGGUGCCGUUCAAGAUCUUUUGCGCGAGCGGCACGAGCAUGAUCAACACGUUUUUGGGGUUCACGAUCGGCGGCGCGGCCGCGAGCUGGGAGGUGCACCGCAAGAUGCCGGAUACGCGGCGCAAACUCGCCGUGUUCGAAGAAAUCGCGCUCGACGCGCGCCGCGCCAUCGCCGAGCACCGCGCAGGCAUCCCGGACGGCACGGUGAUCAGCCACCGCGCAGGCGUGCCCAUGAACGACCAGUUCACGCCGCCGGACGAGGUGCGGCGGGCCGCGGGCAGCGAGAUGGACCGGCGGGCGCAGGACGGCGACGACGAGCAGGCGCGCAAGCGGCGCGAGUUUGAGGACAUGCUCGAGCGGGAGCGCAAGGGCGGCUCGGAGAAGAAGUGGUGAUCUACAUGCACAUGCACAUACACAUGCAACAUAUUAGGCAGUGGCAUGCUAACGAUACGGAAGUCUAUGAAUGAGGAUGGCAGCCUACUUCGCAGG